AUGAGCGGACGCCCUAGGACCACGUCAUUCGCCGAGGGCAGCAAAUCCGUUCGUAAGACAUUUGAAAAUCAACCACCGAAACCACCUCUAGGAGGCGUAAAAAUUAGCACGAGUGUCGGGGAUCUCGCUAUCUUGCGGUCGAGGCAAGAGCACGCCAUCGUCCAUCCUGCCAUUCGCGUCACAAUCGUGCCAACGUACUCUCGAGUUUUGACUUUCGCCAAGCAUCCGAUCUUUACGUCAUAG